AUGGAGAAACUACCUCAGGAGUGUCGAGACAUGGUUACAUCCUUUCUAGAUGGGUACGACGUGAAAAACCUGGUUCUCGUGUCCAAAAGUUACCAAGACUUCUUUGCCCCGAGGAACUUGAGACGGCUUUGGUUUGAAGGUCUCCCUAGACUUCUCUCCCACCAGUUCACACACUUCCUGGCAAUGAAGCCCAGUAAGAAGUUUAGCCUUAUUAGGAAGAUAUCAGUAAUCCUGCAGAAGCGUGGGCGCGUCGGGACCCAGCCACCACUGUACGAGAAACUUGGGCCGUUACUUGUGAAUAGCGUCUCGCAAGUGACCGAACUUCAAGAGUUGGAUUUAUCUCUCGGAGGCUGGCCCCAGGAGCAAGAAAAGAAUCUUUGCGAACUAUUAAUGCGGACUCGGAAAUGGGAUAAGCUCAACUCCCUCAAAAUUUCCACUUCGCCAGAGAUAUUAUGCGCUGUUCUCAGCCGCUGCGUUCCCGAGAUCCUCGAAGCCGUUAAUAUCGAUGGGCACUACGGUACACGGAUGUAUAAUGAGCUGGUGCGCCUUUGCUCUUCUUCUAAAACCAAACACUCUUUGAAGAAGCUCACUAUUUCCCCCAAUUUCGACGGUCCAUUGUUAGAUAAGGAUAUCAUUCUGGAAGUUAUAACCCAUUUCAAAGCUCUCAAAUGCCUCAGUAUCCAAGGACGUUCAGAUCUUUGGGAUACUUGCUGGACGACUGCAGUCUUUUCAGGCUCGUUGAGCAUAGUCUGUGAUCUUCUUAACCAAACAUAUAUUGAAGAACUCUGUCUCAGCAUGCCAUACAUACCCUUUGAUCGAGCUUCUGUCCUUGAGUAUUUGAACGGGCCGGUUCCAGAUCUCGUCGAGUCUGAAGAUGUAACCGAAUCUGAGCUUGAGCGGGCGUAUCGCAAACUGAUUGCGGAUAUCACUUCAGCAUGUCGCCGCAUUCGCAAGAUAGUUAUUCUUCAGAAGUUUGAAACUCGAUUUGAUGUUGUUGGGUUCAGCUCUCCUGGCAGGGUCAUAGAAGUCAAGUUGUGUUAA